AUGUCAACGAAUGUGGCUGCUGAAGAGCCGAUUUUGACGAAUGUGGCUGUUGAAGAGCCCUUACCGAUUGGAGAGAUGAAUUGGCCAGAGGAAGAUAUACUCGGGUUGCCGCAAACAUCAAUGAUGAAUGCUAUUACCAAAGAUCCAUUACCUUUCGAAGAGGUACCAGAUGUGAUUCAGCCGGAAGAAACUGAAAGAUCCGCUCGAUCGCUUAAGAACAAAGUUGGCCAACUGACCUUGAAUAAGAAUAUCACUGAGAUGGAACGAGAAAAAACGAUUCAAAUGCUAAAGAAAAGAUCGGCGACAAAUUAUGGCGGUCAAGAGCCAAAAGAAGUCCAAAUAGACUUGGUCAUCGAUUUGAUUCAUCGUCGAGACACUUUUGUCCUUGCGGGGACAGGUGUUGGCAAGAGUCGAAUUGCUGAGAUGUAUUGGGAUCUGUUUCCUCGAUACAAAAAGCCAAUCGUCUUGGUCUUGAACCCUCUGGAUGCCCUUGGUGACAAUCAGGCAUGUUGUCUCUUAUGCUGCUUGUUUGAUUUGUGA